ACAGCACCUACAACCACAUCUGCAGAACCUACAACCGCAACUGAAGCACCUACAACCACAACUGCGGCACCAAAAACCACAACUGCAGCACCUACAACCACAACUGCAGCACCAAAAAUCACAACUGCAGCACAUACAACUACCACUUCAGCACAAACCACCACAACUGCAAUACCUACAUCCACAACUGCAGCACAUACAGCCACAACUGCAGCACCUACAACCACAACUGCAGCACCAACAACUGUAACUGAAGCACCUACAACCCCAAUUGCAGCACCAACAACCACAACUGCAGCACCUACAACCACGACUGCAGCACCUACAACCACAACUGCGGCACCUACAACCACAAUUACAGCACCUACCAACACAACUGCAGCACCUACAACCACAACUGCAGCACCUACAACCACAACUGCAGCACCAACAGCCACAACUGCAGCACCUACAACCACAACUGCAGCACCUACAACCACAACUGCAGCACCUACAACCACAACUGCAGCUCCAACAACUGCAACUGCAGCACCUACAACCACAACUGCAGCACCAACAACCACUGCAGCACCAAAAACCACAACAGCAGCACCAAAAACCACAACUGCAGCACCUACAACCACAACUGCAGCACCUACAACCACAACAGCAGCACCUACAACCGCCACUGCAGCACCUACAACCACAACUGCAGCACCUGCAACCACAACUGCAGCACCUACAACCACUACUGCAGCACCUACAACCACAACUGCAGCACCAACAACCACAAUUGAAGCACCUACAACCACUACUGCAGCACCAACAACCACAACUGCAGCACCAACAACCACAGCUGCAGCACCUACAACCACAACUGCAGCACCUACGACCACAACUGCAGCACCUACAACCACAACUGCAGCACCAAAAACCACAACUGCAGCACCUACAACCACAACUGCAGCACCUAAAACCACAACAGCAGCACCUACAACCGCAACUGCAGCACCUACAACCACAACUGCAGCACCUACAACCACAACUGCAGCACCUACAACC